AACCAAAUUUAUCUAAGGAGGAAAAGUGAAUAUAAAUGUUGUUUAUAAAGCCUCCUGUCUGGAAUAAUAAUGUAUUUGUCCAAAUCAGCCAUUCAAUUCAAAUAAGAUGACAAAUUUUAAGACAAAACUGCUUGUGAUGGUAUUUGCCGUCAUACUUUUCUGUAGUAUCUCAAGUGUAGACGCACUUAUUCAUGGGGUUGAUUCAACGCUGUCACGGCUGCAAAGAGCAAUAUCUUCGAGUUACGAAAAAUUUCAGGCUGGAGAGUCCAACUAUGAUUUCGAUAGAAAUUUUGGAGACGGGGUUCGAAUCUUGUUGGAUGCGAAUGACACAAUUGACCUCCCCACAAUUGGGAUUUCACCAUACUUUAAAAUCAGUUGCACAGUUAGCAGAUUAACAGAGCUAUUUGGACCUACAACUAUAUGGGCGAGUAAAUUGCAUGGCUUAUCGGACAUGGCGGACGACUUCAACAUAAAGUUUAUCAACAAUGAAGGGGAUUUUAUUGCACAUCUAGCCAUCCAAAUUCCCACAUUUAAUGCCGCUGGGGAGUACAUGACGAAUUUGACGCUUUUUCCUAAACAUGCGCGAACACCGGAUAUGUAUUUUCUAGGAAAUAGUUCUUACAGCUCCUCCAUUUCGUUUCUAGAAUUCGGAUUAGAAGUCGAGGGCAGAGCUUCUGCGUUCGAAAAUAUAUUUAUUAGAAAUGUGAAUCUUUCUUUCGACUAUAAAGACUUUGAUAUCCAAUUUUCUAAUCUCACGUUACGAUCCGCUACCAGCCAGCCGGGGGCAAGUUUUGAAUGGUUCCGGCAAAUCAAUACAUUCUCUGAAAUUCCUAAAUAUUUCAAGUGGAAUUGGGUGUUAUUUCACACUACUCUCGAUCUUUCAGCUGUAGCAAAUGAAAUUGGUCAAUGUCUAUUGCAAAAUGUCUUCAGCGAAUGCACGUUGAUGGACCUAUUGGUUUCAGCGGAAUGCAUGAAACUUAAUAUUGACGAGGAAUGUUUAAGGAUUGACAUUCUCGACGUUUACUUUCCACUUCAACCAGGAUCCAGCAUUAAGGAAAAUGACCAAAGAGCCAGGCGAUCCUGUUCCGAUGACUACACUUGUUGCUUCAUUCCACCAACUUUCGGGGUGUCUACUUCAAACUCGAAUCAUUUGGUCCAUCAAGUAGCAGCCAAAUUUGGAGAUUUGAUCCUAUCGGGCGAAAAAAUUUUUGGGCUGGGACGUCACAAUAGUUCAUCGCGUACAGUACAUACCCCGACGAGAGGACCAGUCGUUGAUCAAGUGCUGAGUCUUCCAGACGCUGAAGCUCAGGUCAUGUGGAAAGCUUAUAAUAAUGACGUGUUCGGCGGAUUGUUCAGAACAUGGGGAUCUGAAGUUAGAGGACACCAGAAUGGGAAGGAAAAUUUAAGCACGGAAUUUUUAGAUCAAAAUGGAACUUUCGUAGCGAAUUAUUCCGUCGAGUUCCCAGCUAUUUACGUUAGUGGAAACUAUGAUUCUGACCUAACGCUGUACCCAGACGCCGGCCUGUUUCGGGAUCAAGGAGAGUUGAGUUUGAUUGGAGCAGGUCGAUACAAUUGGACUAUGAAAUCCGUCUGGAUUAACGUUGAGGUAUUCGGAAGGGCACCAAUGACUGAAAAAAUGUCAGUUUCAAACGUGGCUAUCAGCUUAGGGAUUGAACGCCUUCAAGAAAGGGAAGGUCUAAAAUUUACCGCCUUGCACAAUUUCUUAAUUACAUAUGGCGGAAAUUUAACGACUGAUAAGCAUCCAACCUAUUGGGGGGAAGUAAUCAAUCAUCGAGUAAUUGAAGAUUUCUUAUUCCACGAUAAGAAUAAUGAAAUAAAUGUUGCGUUCCCAGAAGUUGUAGGGAAGCAGUUGCAGUGUGCUUUGGACUACGCAGUUGGUAAUUGCAAUAUCUUGGACGUCGUGGUCUCUGGGGACUGUCUUCGAGUCGAUCGAAAUGACAAUUGUUUCAGUGACUAUGUGAUGACUGUUCGACAGCCAACAACGUGGAGUACAGCGAUGACGAGCGAACCUGAGACCGAAUUUACCGAAGAUGAAACACCGACCAUGACCACACAUCUUGCAACAUCAACCACUGUGGCUGAUACGACUUCCACAACAGAAGCGCCCGAUACCCCGGACAGCGUAGUUCUACUUCUGAACCAAACCCAAAUUUUAUUAGAUCAAGCUCAAUUGCUCUUAAAGAUAGUACAAGGACAAAUGUGAUCUUGAAUUAGAUUGGAUUAGAUUUAAAUCUCAGAUAAAUCUUCCAAUCAUUUGUUAGAGACAUUUUUAAAAUGGAAAGAAUAAACCAAUUAAUAUAGUUUGAUGUGCAA